AUGACCACACCCGUCGACGCCCGUGCGCCGCCCGUCCCGGCCCCACGCCGCCCGUGCGCCGCUCGUCGCGGCCCCGCGCCGCUGCCCCGACCUGUCGACGCCCGUGCGCCGCCCGUCCCGGCCCGUCGACGCCCGGGCGCCGCCCGUCCCGGCCCCACGCCGCCCGUGCGCCGCUCGUCCCGGCCCCGCGCCGCUCGUCCCGGCCCCGCGCCGCUGCCCCAGCCCGUCGACGCCCGUGCGCCGCGCGUCCCGGCCCCACGCCGCCCGUGCGCCGCUCGUCCCGGCCCCGCGCCGCUGCCCCGGCCUGUCGACGCCCGUGCGCCGCCCGUCCCGGCCCGUCGACGCCCGUGCGCCGCCCGUCCCGGCCCCACGCCACCCGUGCGCCGCUCGUCCCGGCCCCGCGCCGCUGCCCCGGCCCGUCGACGCCCGUGCGCCGCCCGUCCCGGCCCCACGCUGCCCGUGCGCCGCUCGUCCCGGCCCCGCGCCGCCGCCCCGGCGCAUCGACGCCCGUGCGCCGCCCGUCCCGGCCCCGCGCCGCUGCCCCGGCCCGUCGACGCCCGUGCGCCGCCCGUCCCGGCCCGUCGACGCCCGUGCGCCGCCCGUCCCGGCCCCACGCCACCCGUGCGCCGCUCGUCCCAGCCCCGUGCCGCUGCCCCGGCCCGUCGACGCCCGUGCGCCGCCCGUCCCGGCCCCACGCCGCCCGUGCGCCGCUCGUCCCGGCCCCGCGCCGCCGCCCCGGCCCGUCAACGCCCGUGCGCCGCCCGUCCCGGCCCGUCGACGCCCGUGCGCCGCCCGUCCCGGCCCCACGCAGCCAGUGCGCCGCUCGUCCCGGCCCCGCGCCGCUGCCCCGGCCCGUCGACGCCCGUGCGCCGCCCGUCCCGGACCCACGCCGCCCGUGCGCCGCUCGUCCCGGCCCCGCGCCGCUGCCCCGGCCCGUCGACGCCCGUGCGCCGCCCAUCCCGGCCCGUCGACGCCCGUGCACCGCCCGUCCCGGCCCCACGCCGCCCGUGCGCCGCUCGUCCCGGCCCCGCGCCGCUGCCCCAGCCCGUCGAUGCCCGUGCGCCGCCCGUCCCGGCCCCACGCCGCCCGUGCGCCACUCGUCCCGGCCCCGCGCCGCUGCCCCGGCCCGUCGACGCCCGUGUGCCGCCCGUCCCGGCCCCGCGCCGCUGCCCCGGCCCGUCGACGCCCGUGCGCCGCCCGUCCCGGCUCGUCGACGCCCGUGCGCCGCCCGUCCCGGCCCCACGCCACCCGUGCGCCGCUCAUCCUGGCCCCGCGCCGCUGCCCCGGCCCGUCGGCGCCCGUGCGCCGCCCGUCCCGGCCCCACGCCGCCCGUGCGCCGCUCGUCCCGGCCCCGCGCCGCUGCCCCGGACCGUCGACGCCCGUGCGCUGCCCGUCCCGGCCCCGCGCCGCUGCCCCAGCCCGUCGACGCCCGUGCGCCGCCCGUCCCGGCCCGUCGACGCCCGUGCGCCGCCUGUCCCGGCCCCACGCCGUCUGUGCGCCGCUCGUCCCGGCCCCGCGCCGCUGCCCCGGCCCGUCGACGCCCGUCCCGGCCCUACGCCGCCCGUGCGCCGCUCGUCGCGGCCCCGCGCCGCUGCCCCGACCUGUCGACGCCCGUGCGCCGCCCGUCCCGGCCUGUCGACGCCCGUGCGCCGCCCGUCCCGGCCCCACGCCGCCCGUGCGCCGCUCGUCCCGGCCCCGCGCCGCUGCCCCAGCUCGUCAACGCCCGUGCGCCGCACGUCCCGGCCCUACGCCGCCCGUGCGCCGCUCGUCCCGGCCCCGCGCCGCUGCCCCGGCCCGUCGACGCCCGUGCGCCGCCCGUCCCGGCCCGUCGACGCCCGUGCGCCGCCCGUCCCGGCCCCACGCCACCCGUGCGCCGCUCGUCCCGGCCCCGCGCCGCUGCCUCGGCCCGUCGACGCCCGUGCGCCGCCCGUCCCGGCCCCACGCCGCCCGUGCGCCGCUCGUCCCGGCCCCGCGCCGCCGCCCCGGCCCAUCGACGCCCGUGCGCCGCCCGUCCCGGCCCCGCGCCGCUGCCCCGGCCCGUCGACGCCCGUGCGCCGCCCGUCCCGGCCCGUCGACGCCCGUGCGCCGCCCGUCCCGGCCCCACGCCGCCUGUGCGCCACUCGUCCCGGCCCUGCGCCGCUGCCCCUGCCCGUCGACGCCCGUGCGCCGCCCGUCCCGGCCCCACGCCGCCCGUGCGCCGCUCGUCCCGGCCCCGCGCCGCUGCCCCGGCCCGUCGACGCCCGUGCGCCGCCCGUCCCGGCCCGUCGACGCCCGUGCGCCGCCCGUCCCGGCCCCACGCCGCCAGUGCGCCGCUCGUCCCGGCCCCGCGCCGCUGCCCCGGCCCGUCGACGCCCGUGCGCCGCCCGUCCCGGCCCCACGCCGCCCGUGCGCCGCUCGUCCCGGCCCCGCGCCGCUGCCCCGGCCCGUCGACGCCCGUGCGCCGCCCGUCCCAUCCCGUCGACGCCCGUGCACCGCCCGUCCCGGCCCCACGCCGCCCGUGCGCCGCUCGUCCCGGCCCCGCGCCGCUGCCCCGGCCCGUCGAUGCCCGUGCGCCGCCCGUCCCGGCCCCACGCCGCCCGUGCGCCGCUCGUCCCGGCCCCGCGCCGCUGCCCCGGCCCGUCGACGCCCGUGCGCCGCCCGUCCCGGCCCCGCGCCGCUGCCCCGGCCCGUCGACGCCCGUGCGCCGCCCGUCCUGGCCCCACGCCGCCUGUGCGCCGCUCGUCCCGGCCCCGCGCCGCUGCCCCGGCCCGUCGACGCCCGUGCGCCGCCCGUCCCGGCCCGUCGACGCCCGUGCGCCGCCCGUCCCGGCCCCACGCCGCCUGUGCGCCGCUCGUCCCGGCCCCGCGCCGCUGCCCCGGCCCGUCGACGCCCGUGCGCCGCCCGUCCCGGCCCCGCGCCGCUGCCCCAGCCCGUCGACGCCCGUGCGCCGCCCGUCCCGGCCCGUCGACGCCCGUGCGCCGCCCGUCCCGGCCCCACGCCGUCUGUGCGCCGCUCGUCCCGGCCCCGCGCCGCUGCCCCGGCCCGUCGACGCCCGUGCGCCGCUCGUCCCGGCCCCACGUCGCCCGUGCGCCGCUCGUCGCGGCCCCGCGCCGCUGCCCCGGCCUGUCGACGCUCGUGCGCCGCCCGUCCCGGCCCGUCGACGCCCGUGCGCCGCCCGUCCCGGCCCCACGCCGCCCGUGCGCCGCUCGUUCCGGCCCCGCGCCGCUGCCCCAGCCCGUUGACGCCCGUGCGCCGCGCGUCCCGGCCCCACGCCGCCCGUGCGCCGCUCGUCCCGGCCCCGCGCCGCUGCCCCGGCCUGUCGACGCCCGUGCGCCGCCCGUCCCGGCCCGUCGACGCCCGUGCGCCGCCCGUCCCGGCCCCACGCCACCCGUGCGCCGCUCGUCCCGGCCCCGCGCCGCUGCCCCGGCCCGUCGACGCCCGUGCGCCGCCCGUCCCGGCCCCACGCCACCCGUGCGCCGCUCGUCCCGGCCCCGCGCCGCUGCCCCGGCCCGUCGACGCCCGUGCGCCGCCCGUCCCGGCCCCACGCCGCCCGUGCGCCACUCGUCCCGGCCCCGCGCCGCCGCCCCGGCCCAUCGACGCCCGUGCGCCGCCCGUCCCGGCCCCGCGCCGCUGCCCCGGCCCGUCGACGCCCGUGCGCCGCCCGUCCCGGCCCGUCGACGCCCGUGCGCCGCCCGUCCCGGCCCCACGCCGCCUGUGCGCCACUCGUCCCGGCCCCGCGCCGCUGCCCCGGCCCGUCGACGCCCGUGCGCCGCCCGUCCCGGCCCCACGCCGCCCGUGCGCCGCUCGUCCCGGCCCCGCGCCGCUGCCCCGGCCCGUCGACGCCCGUGCGCCGCCCGUCCCGGCCCGUCGACGCCCGUGCGCCGCCCGUCCCGGCCCCACGCCGCCAGUGCGCCGCUCGUCCCGGCCCCGCGCCGCUGCCCCGGCCCGUCGACGCCCGUGCGCCGCCUGUCCCGGCCCCACGCCGCCCGUGCGCCGCUCGUCCCGGCCCCGCGCCGCUGCCCCGGCCCGUCGACGCCCGUGCGCCGCCCGUCCCGGCCCGUCGACGCCCGUGCACCGCCCGUCCCGGCCCCACGCCGCCCGUGCGCCGCUCGUCCCGGCCCCGCGCCGCUGCCCCGGCCCGUCGUCGCCCGUGCGCCGCCCGUCCCGGCCCCACGCCGCCCGUGCGCCGCUCGUCCCGGCCCUGCUCCGCUGCCCCGGCCCGUCGACGCCCGUGCGCCGCGCGUCCCGGCCCCGCGCCGCUGCCCCGGCCCGUCGACGCCCGUGCGCCGCCCGUCCCGGCCCCACGCCGCCUGUGCGCCGCUCGUCCCGGCCCCGCGCCGCUGCCCCGGCCCGUCGACGCCCGUGCGCCGCCCGUCCCGGCCCCACGCCGCCUGUGCGCUGCUCGUCCCGGCCCCGCGCCGCUGCCCCGGCCCGUCGACGCCCGUGCGCCGCUUGUCCCGGCCCCACGCCGCCCGUGCGCCGCUCGUCCCGGCCCCGCGCCGGUGCCCCAGUCUGUCGACGCCCGUGCGCCGCCUGUCCCGGCCCGUCGACGCCCGUGCGCCGCCCGUCCUGGCCCCACGCCACCCGUGCGCCGCUCGUCCCGGCCCCGCGCCGCUGCCCCAGCCUGUCGACGCGCGUGCGCCGCCCGUCCCGGCCCGUCGACGCCCGUGCGCCGCCCGUCCUGGCCCCACGCCACCCGUGCGCCGCUCGUCCCGGCCCCGCGCCGCUGCCCCAGCCCGUCGACGCCCGUGCGCCGCCCGUCCCGGCCCCACGCCGCCCGUGCGCCGCUCAUCCCGGCCCCGCGCCGCUGCCCCGGCCUGUCGACGCCCGUGCGCUGCCCGUCCCGGCCCCACGCCACCCGUGCGCCGCUCGUCCCAGCCCCGCGCCGCUGCCCCGGCCCGUCGACGCCCGUGCGCCGCCCGUCCCGGCCCCGCGCCGCUGCCCCGGCCCUUCGACGCCCGUGCGCCGCCCGUCCCGGCCCGUCGACGCCCGUGCGCCGCCCGUCCCGGCCCCACGCCGCCUGUGCGCCGCUCGUCCCGGCCCCGCGCCGCUGCCCCGGCCCGUCGACGCCCGUGCGCCGCCUGUCCCGGCCCCACGCCGCCUGUGCGUCGCUCCUCCCGGCCUCGCGCCGCUGCCCCGGCCCGUCGACGCCCGUGCGCCGCCUGUCCCGGCCCCACGCCGCUCGUGCGCCGCUCGUCCCGGCCCCGCGCCGCUGCCCCAGCCUGUCGACGCCCGUGCGCCGCCCGUCCCGGCCCGUCGACGCCCGUGCGCCGCCCGUCCUGGCCCCACGCCACCCGUGCGCCGCUCGUCCCGGCCCCGCGCCGCUGCCCCAGCCCGUCGACGCCCGUGCGCCGCCCGUCCCGGCCCCACGCCGCCCGUGCGCCGCUCGUCCCGGCCCCGCGCCGCUGCCCCGGCCUGUCGACGCCCGUGCGCUGCCCGUCCCGGCCCCACGCCACCCGUGCGCCGCUCGUCCCAGCCCCGCGCCGCUGCCCCGGCCCGUCGACGCCCGUGCGCCGCCCGUCCCGGCCCCGCGCCGCUGCCCCGGCCCGUCGACGCCCGUGCGCCGCCCGUCCCGGCCCGUCGACGCCCGUGCGCCGCCCGUCCCGGCCCCACGCCGCCUGUGCGCCGCUCGUCCCGGCCCCGCGCCGCUGCCCCGGCCCGUCGACGCCCGUGCGCCGCCUGUCCCGGCCCCACGCCGCCUGUGCGCCGCUCGUUCCGGCCCCACGCCGCUGCCCCAGCCUGUCGACGCCCGUGCGCCGCCCGUCCCGGCCCGUCGACGCCCGUGCGCCGCCCGUCUUGGCCCCACGCCACCCGUGCGCCGCUAGUCCCGGCCCCGCGCCGCUGCCCCAGCCCGUCGACGCCCAUGCGCCGCCCGUCCCGGCCCCACGCCGCCCGUGCGCCGCUCGUCCCGGCCCCGCGCCGCUGCCCCGGCCUGUCGACGCCCGUGUGCCGCCCGUCCCGGCCCGUCGACGCCCGUGCGCCGCUCGUCCCAGCCCCGCGCCGCUGCCCAGGCCCGUCGACGCCCGUGCGCCGCCCGUCCCGGCCCCACGCCGCCUGUGCGCCACUCGUCCCGGCCCCGCGCCGCUGCCCCGGCCCGUCGACGCCCGUGCGCCGCCUGUCUCGGCCCCACGCCGCCCGUGCGCCGCUCGUCCCGGCCCCGCUCCGCUGCCCCGGCCUGUCGACGCCCGUGCGCCGCCCGUCCCGGCCCGUCGACGCCCGUGCGCCGCCCGUCCCGGCCCCACGCCACCCGUGCGCCGCUCGUCCCAGCCCCGCGCCGCUGCCCCGGCCUGUCGACGCCCGUUCGCCGCCCGUCCCGGCCCCACGCCGCCCGUGCGCCGCUCGUCCCGGCCCCGCGCCGCUGCCCCGGCCUGUCGACGCCCGUGCGCCGCCCGUCCCGGCCCGUCGACGCCCGUGCGCCGGCCGUCCCGGCCCCACGCCACCCGUGCGCCGCUCGUCCCAGCCCCGUGCCGCUGCCCCGGCCCGUCGACGCCCGUGCGCCGCCCGUCCCGGCCCCACGCCGCCCGUGCGCCGCUCGUCCCGGCCCCGCGCCGCUGCCCCGGCCCGUCGACGCCCGUGCGCCGCCCGUCCCGGCCCCGCGCCGCUGCCCCGGCCCGUCGACGCCCGUGCGCCGCCCGUCCCGGCCCGUCGACGCCCGUGCGCCGCCCGUCCCGGCCCCACGCCACCCGUGCGCCGCUCGUCCCAGCCCCGUGCCGCUGCCCCGGCCCGUCGACGCCCGUGCGCCGCCCGUCCCGGCCCCACGCCGCCCGUGCGCCGCUCGUCCCGGCCCCGCGCCGCUGCCCCGGCCCGUCGACGCCCGUGCGCCGCCCGUCCCGGCCCCGCGCCGCUGCCCCGGCCCGUCGACGCCCGUGCGCCGCCCGUCCCGGCCCGUCGACGCCCGUGCGCCGCCCGUCCCGGCCCCACGCCGCCUGUGCGCCGCUCGUCCCGGCCCCGCGCCGCUGCCCCGGCCCGUCGACGCCCGUGCGCCGCCCGUCCCUGCCCCACGCCCCUCGUGCGCCGCUCGUCCCGGCCCCGCGCCGCUGCCCCGGCCGGUCGACGCCCGUGCGCCGCCCGUCCCGGCCCGUCGACGCCCGUGCGCCGCCCGUCCCGGCCCGUCGACGCCCGUGCGCCGCCCGUCCCGGCCCCACGCCGCCCGUGCGCCGCUCGUCCCGGCCCCGCGCCGCUGCCCCGGCCUGUCGACGCCCGUGCGCCGGCCAUCCCGGCCUGUCGACGCCCGUGCGCCGCCCGUCCCGGCCUCACGCCGCCCGUGCGCCGCUCGUCCCGGCCCCGCGCCGCUGCCCCGGCCUGUCGACGCCCGUGCGCCGGCCAUCCCGGCCUGUCGACGCCCGUGCGCCGCCCGUCCCGGCCCCACGCCGCCCGUGCGCCGCUCGUCCCGGCCCCGCGCCGCUGCCUCGGCCCGUCGACGCCCGUGCGCCGCCCUUCCCGGCCCGUCGACGCCCGUGCGCCGCCCGUCCCGGCCCCACGCCGCCCGUGCGCCGCUCGUCCCGGCCCCGCGCCGCUGCCCCGGCCCGUCGACGCCCGUGCGCCGCCCGUCCCGGCCCCACGCCGCCCGUGCGCCGCUCGUCCCGGCCCCGCGCCGCUGCCUCGGCCUGUCGACGCCCGUGCGCCGCCCUUCCCGGCCCGUCGACGCCCGUGCGCCGCCCGUCCCGGCCCCACGCCGCCCGUGCGCCGCUCGUCCCGGCCCCGCGCCGCUGCCCCGGCCCGUCGACGCCCGUGCGCCGCCCGUCCCGGCCCCACGCCGCCCGUGCGCCGCUCGUCCCGGCCCCGCGCCGCUGCCCCGGCCUGUCGACGCCCGUGCGCCGGCCAUCCCGGCCUGUCGACGCCCGUGCGCCGCCCGUCCCGGCCCCACGCCGCCCGUGCGCCGCUCGUCCCGGCCCCGCGCCGCUGCCUCGGCCCGUCGACGCCCGUGCGCCGCCCUUCCCGGCCCGUCGACGCCCGUGCGCCGCCCGUCCCGGCCCCACGCCGCCCGUGCGCCGCUCGUCCCGGCCCCGCGCCGCUGCCCCGGCCCGUCGACGCCCGUGCGCCGCCCGUCCCGGCCCCACGCUGCCCGUGCGCCGCUCGUCCCGGCCCCGCGCCGCUGUGUCAAACAUUAUACAUGUUGUUGUAGUUGUUUAG